AUGUCGUUAGCGUUCCUGUCCAAGAAGAGCUGGCAUACGGCCAACCUGCGCAAUGUGGAGAAGGUCUGGAUUGCUGAGCAGAAGCAUGCGGCCGAAGAGCAGAAAGUCGCGGAGCUGCGCAAGAACAUUGAGGAAGAGCGGCAGCUCCAGGAGCUGCGACAGCUGCAGGCAGCACGGGGCGACAAGUCGGCGGCCAUGGAGCGCUUAGACUGGAUGUACGAAGGGCCGUCGGCUUCACGAGAAAAGACGGCGGAGGAGUAUCUCUUGGGCAAAGAGUACAAUGGUGAGGAGGAGAAGGCAGCCAAAGGGGACGUAAAUUUGAGCACGACUACCAAGUACGGCUCCCUGGUACUAACAAAGAGCGCAUUGCCGGCCAAUGAUGCCUUCCAGCGGCUAAACGAGGACCCCAUGAUGCUCAUCCGCAAGAGGCAACAGGCAGCUCGCGAACAAGUUCUUAAGAAUCCAGUCAAGAUGAAGAGAAUCAAGGACGAAGUGGAUCGCUUAAAGGAAGAUAAAAAGGCUCGCAAGAAAGCGAAGAAAGCUGUUAAGAAGGAAAAGAAGCACGCUCGGAAAGAGGAGAAGCGACGCCUGAAGAGAAAACAUGUUUAUGACAGUGGGAGUGAGGCCAGUGCUGAUGAAAACGAAGAGAGGGCUGAUUAUCGACACAAAGAUGAUCUUUCCAAGCGUCAACGUGGACACGGGCGUGAUCGAGAGAGAGGGAGAUCCCAUUCGAGAUCGAAGUCACCACGCUCUACGUCUGAAUCGAGACGUAAGCUCCUUGAUCCAGACGGAAAGUACGGGCUUAUCAGUAAGGCAGGUGCUGUGGCGUCCAGGGAUAUCGAUACGUCAUCGUUGGGGCCGAACGCCAAGUACUUGGAGAAAGCCCGUCAAGCGAAACGUCUUGAGGAAGAAGAACGUCGACGCAAGCUUGGGAAAUCUUCUCGCGGAGACCAUUGUGAGCUUACAGACGAGGAAAAACGGCAAAUGGCUCAGCAGAUGGUGGAAGAUGCGAAACAACGCGAUGAAUACAUUGCCAAGCGUGCGACGCUGAAGAAGGACGAACUGGACAAGCGAGAGCACGAGGCUUCACGCAGCAACCCGGAGUUUCUCAGGCAUAUCUGGAUGACGAAAGCAACAUGA